CGGCGGGCCUGCGAGGCGCGGACUGUUGUCCUCCCGGCUCUCCCCUUUCCCCUUCUUGGCGAGUGGAGGAGGCCGAAGCGGUGCUAAGUGCGCUUCCACGCUUCCUUUCCCUCCCGGCGACUUCCCCCGGCCCUCUCGCGCUGCGCGGUCUCUCCGACGCAAGACUGUCCCAGCCCCGAUAUGGCUCGUGGGCAGCAGAAGAUUCAGUCUCAGCAGAAAAAUGCCAAAAAGCAAGCUGGACAAAAGAAGAAACAAGGCCAUGAUCAAAAGGCUGCCGCCAAAGCUGCUUUAAUAUAUACCUGCACUGUCUGUAGGACACAAAUGCCAGACCCUAAGACCUUCAAGCAGCACUUUGAGAGCAAACAUCCUAAGACUCCACUUCCUCCAGAAUUGGCUGAUGUUCAAGCAUAAGGUUGUUUACAGGUGAAUCCAUGACACCUUUGACUCUUCUACUGUCUCAGACCUUAUUUAACAAACCUGCAGCUGCUUUUCUAACAAACUGUUGAUCAGCAAAAAUAAAGGGGCUACAGAAACACUGUUCCCUUUUGGGCUUCAUUGCAAAGACAAUUCUGUGUAAAUGUACAGUUGACUGAUUUGGAAAUCUGAAAAUCAAUCCAUCCUUGUUAUAAAAAAUUUUUUUACAAUUGUAAUUAUAUUGAUGUUCAUAUUGUGUAAAAUAACUCGUUUAAUAAAGUAGUACUUUGAUUUUACAACAUCACA